AUGAAAUUAAUUCAGUCAAUCCAACGUAAGAUACGUAAAACACAUAAUAUCAUACGUAUAACUGAUAAAACUGGUGUUUUUCAUAUUGGUUCAGCUAUUGAUUAUGAGAGAAAAGUAAAAGAAUAUCAAAUGAAAACAAAUGCUUAUAUAGAAUUACCAUCUAAUCCAUUAAUGGAUACAUUUUAUAAAGUAAUACAUGCAUCAAAUGAUUUACAUAGAAAACGACAAAUUACACAAUGGCAAUAUACUAAAAUGAUACCAGAUAAAAAUAAAAUUGAAUUGGCUUACUUAUAUUUUAUAUCUGAACCACAUAAAUUAAUUGUUUUAUUCUAA